CAGCUGUCUAAAGGGAGCAGCAAAGCUACAGCCACACAAGGGUUUGUGAAGACAUACAGCGAAAGAAAAACUACAAUGAGGAUCAGCCGUCAAACUCUGAUAACAUGUCUACUGUUGUUGUGUGCAGUAAAAUCCAACACGGCAACAGCAGCAGCAGCAAAAACACCACCACCACCAUCAACUUCUGUCAGCCUUACUGGGACUUCAACUGACCAACUUUCAUCAUCAUCAUCAUCUCAAACUAACCCUACCACUGCUAUCACCACUAAAAACACCCAAGACACCAGCAGCACCGCCUCCAGCACCCAAGCUACCGACAGCACCGCUUCCAGCACCCAAGCUACCGACAGCACCGCUUCCAGCACCCAAACUACCGACAGCACCGCCUCCAGCACCCAAGCUACCGCCAGCACCGCCUCCAGCACCCAAGCUACCGACAGCACCGCUUCCAGCACCCAAACUACCGACAGCACCGCCUCCAGCACCCAAGCAACUGACAGCACCGCCUCCAACACCCAAGCUACUGACAACACCGCCACCAGCACCCAAGCACCGAGCAGCACCGCCUCCAACACCCAAGCUACCGACAGCACCGCCUCCAACACCCAAGCUACCGACAGCACCGCCUCCAGCACCCAAGCACUGAGCAGCACCGCCUCCAACACCCAAGCUACCGACAGCACCGCCUCCAACACCCAAACGCCGAGCAGCACCACCUCCAGUGCCCAAGCCACCAGCAACACCAUCGCCAGCACCCAAACUACCCCCACCACUUCCAGAAUAGCUACCACUCUGGAGCAGGAUGGACACAAGCCCAAGGCUCUAAGCUCAGGAAGCGUUGUAGCCAUCGUUUUUUUGUUCAUCGUCCUGGUUAUUGUCGUGCUGGGAGGGCUGUACUACUACAAGAUCAGACGGUCGAGCUACGGUCGUCUCCUGGACAGCCAAGACUACAGCAUGGCAGGAAACUUCAACAACCCGAUGUAUGACCCCGAUGAUGACUGACCUCUGAUCCCAGAGAAACCCAAAGUCCUCAGCCUGCAAAUGGAGCCGAUCCGAUCAGAGUGCUAACAGCAUGACAGGGACGAGUUCAGGACGGGCAGCGCUCGAAUGCACUGAAUUACUCAAACUGCUAUUAUAUUUCCAAAAAGAAAAAUAAAAUGUAAAAAGAAAAAAUCCUUCAAAAUAAUAAUAAUAAUAAUAAUAAUGUAUGUAUUUGAAAUGCAAUAGCAGAUACUUACUCAGGUACUUUUUCAAAGAGCUCUUGCUCCAUGAACUCUCAUAUCUGAUUGCCUCUGAUCACAUUACUAAAAGUGGAACGUCACAGGUUACCUUGUGUGUUUGUAGAAGUAUUGUGAUUUUUUUUUAAGUGUUGUGAAGAUCAGUCCCAGUGUGACAUUAAAGGAGGUACUAAAAAAAAAGCGUGGUUGUAAAUUAUGAAGAGCCAGCAGUGAAAAAUUCCCAAACUCAGUGCCAAUAAAAUGGUACGAAACAUUUUUAAUCUUUAUAAUAUUUUCAUAUUACCUUUGAAUGGAUUUUUUUUAGCAACCUGAUUUUAACAAUGUCAAGUGGCCGUGUUAAGUGAUGUAAAAGACAAAUGUAGCUAAAAUGUUUUGGUUUUAUCAUAAUUUUUCAUAUUAUGUGUGUAAACAUGACAAAGUGAGUGAUGCAGAGGAAGAGCGGGCCGGGCUUUUGAAAGAUGGAUACAAGGUAUCCUUGUAGUCAUCCAGCAAAACAAAGCAAACUCCUUACAUCAGUCAUGUUACAGCAUCACCGGUUUUUGCAUAAACAUCCUAAAAUUUCAUUUACAUUAAAUGUGUCCUUAGUAAAACACAUAAUAAGGAGGUGCCUCUCUCUUGAAUCUAAUCAGCUGCAUCUACUAUUUA